GUUUACCAGUGUACGCAUGCACUGGCCCGCCACUAACAUCAUCUCUGUCACCGACAUAUGAAUGCUUAUCUUGAAUAGUAAAACCACCGGUUUAUUUAGAUCCCAAAUGCCUAGAUAAUAUUUUGAGAGAACUUGAAUCUGAUUUUGUUUUGCAAUGGCUUCUCUGGGAAAAAUGUAUGGAAAAAGAGUCAUGGGUGUUCAGAGGCAGGCUUUCAGAGCCUUCUACACUCGAAGUAAAGAUAAGGUGCUUGGUGAGGAGGAAAGAGCUUUGGAGACUGUCUACAUACAGAAAAUGGAAAGGGAAAAGUUGGAAAAGACGAAGAAAAGGGUGGCAAAAGAGAAAUCGGGAGUUUUUCAAGUUGGGGGUUCUGCUGUAAACCAAUCUGCAGAGCGUAUACAUGCAACUGGUUGAGAUGGGGAAGAAAUAUUUUGGUAUAUUGAGAUGAAAGUGUAUAUAUGAUAGGUUGCUAGUUGAUUUGGAUGGUUUAAGUACAUUUUUAUAGGUCUGCCAUGACUAUAUUUGUAUAUUUUGUAUAGCUAACAUAUAGCUGUACCUUAUUGUCAGGCUACAGAGAAUUUUAAGUUGGUUAUGUAGAAAGCUGAUAACUUUGGCUUGGGCUUUGUAGAAACAAUAAUUUCUUGUAUAUUGUAAAUGGGAAACUUAAAACUGGUUAAGAUGAUGGCCAUGACUUUCAAGGUAAUUCAGAUAAAUGAUUAAGUGAGGAACUAUUCAGUAUA